AGGAUUAGCGGCCGCUCGACGAAGCGAAGUUUGGUUUUAACGAUCCCGGAAACGACCACGUUCCUCUAAAAUGCCAUAUUAACGGUGGAAAGGAGAACCCGGUUAAGCCUGAGGCAGGUUCCGCGGUCCACACCGACAGCAGCGUCACAAUGAUGUCAGAGUACGAACCCACGGAGGCGGAGAGCGGCUUGCCCGAACCGGAGCCCAACGGCGGCGGCGGCGGCGGCCGUUCCCCGGACCCGUCCGGCGGCACCCUCUUCUUCGACGACGGCCUCCGGAUCGGGCGGGGGCUCGCAGCGAACCCCGGAGGCGCCGUGCGCAUGUCGGACUCCCGCGAGAGCGUCCUGACCGAGCUGGAGACGGAGGGCUCCGGCGAGGAGGCGCUGCUGCUGCCCUGCCUGGCAGGGAGCUCGUCUCCCAGGGACAAGAAGCGGAACCGGCGGAACCGACACAGCUCGUCCUCCGAUAAGGACACCGUAGCCUCCCCAGGGGCACACGGCGGAGACUUCAACCAUUUCCCCGAAGACCCUGAGUUCGCAGACAUCAUCCAAAGGGCGGAGCAAGCCAUAGAGGGCGGCGUCUGUCCUGAGAGGAUUUCCCAGGGUUCCAGUGGGAGCUACUUCGUCAAAGACUCCAAAGGGAAAAUCAUCGGCGUGUUCAAACCAAAGUCAGAAGAACCGUACGGUCACCUGAACCCAAAAUGGACCAAAUACUUUCAUAAGCUCUGCUGUCCGUGCUGCUUCGGCCGAGGCUGUUUGCUGCCCAACCAGGGUUACCUGUCGGAGGCCGCCGCGUCUCUGGUCGAUACCAAACUGGGCCUCGGAGUGGUGCCGAAAACCAAGGUGGUGUAUUUGGCGAGCGAGACGUUCCACUACAGCGCGAUCGACAGAGCAAAGUCCAGAGGGAAGAAGUACGCCCUGGAGAAAGUCCCCAAGGUGGGACGCCGCUUCCACAGAGUGGGCCUGCCUCCAAAGGUGGGCUCGUUCCAGCUGUUCGUGGAGGGUUAUCGCGAGGCGGACCACUGGCUGCGGCGCUUCGAGGCGGAGCCUCUGCCGGAGAACACCAGGAAGCAGCUGCAGUCCCAGUUUGAGCGGCUGGUGGUGCUGGACUACGUGAUCAGGAACACAGAUCGAGGAAACGACAACUGGCUGAUCAAGUACGAAAAUCCAGGAGAGAGCGGCGAGGGGCAGAAAGACCAAUCAAUGAGCGUCCUUGUUCCUGAAUCUGGCGGUUCUGUCUUCCGCCUCCUGCAGGAGGCCGAGUGGCCGGAGAGCAGCCCAGACUCCUGCAUCAAGAUCGCAGCCAUCGACAACGGCCUGGCCUUCCCCUUCAAACACCCCGACGAGUGGAGAGCUUACCCGUUCCACUGGGCGUGGCUUCCUCAGGCCAAGGUGGCCUUUUCCCAGGAAACCCGAGAGCUCGUGCUGUCCCGCCUCUCUGACAUGAACUUCGUCCAGGACCUCUGUGAGGACCUCUACGAGCUCUUCAAGGCUGAUAAGGGCUUUGACAAAACCAUGUUUGAGAGGCAGAUGUCUGUCAUGAGGGGACAGGUGUUGAACUUGACCCAAGCCCUGAAGGACGGGAAGAGCCCCAUCCAGCUGGUGCAGAUGCCCCGGGUGGUGGUGGAGCGCAGCCGCUCAGGCGGACAGGGGCGAGUCGUCACUCUGGGCAACGCCUUCACGCAAACCUUCCACUGCAAGCGCCCCUUCUUCACCUCCUGGUAGUGCGAGGGAUGAGGAGGAAAACCUCCUCGCUGUCGUCGGCCUUGAAGCCUCCCUGAAAGAUAAAACGGGAGGAAACGUCCUCCUCUCUGUGGAAAUCCUUCACACCCGUCCCUACGAGGCAGAAAAUGUGAAUCAGCGGUUUUCUCAUUUUGGGCAGAGAAAUUCCACAUCAGCCUCGCCUUACAGCUGUUCUGGUUACCAUGGUGACCUCAUUUAACGGUUGCCUUUUCCACAGCAGUGUUUUUUUUUUUCAUUCCUAAAAAGAUUUUUUUUUAAAAAGUGUCAACUUUGACGCAAAGACAGCUGGUGGCGUAAAGGCCAAAGACGCAGCUCUGAGACCUCCUGCAGGACCGCCUCUGCUCAGCGGUACUGGGAGGGAACCCCCCCUGCAGGUCCCGCUCCCGUCCACACACGUUGGCUCUGCCUUUCCUAGUUUCCCGUGGACACAUGGGCGUGCAGCUGCUCCAGAUGGAACCCAAACACGUCUUUAGAGCCACUGCUGGCAAACGAAGCCCUCCACCUUCUCCUGUUCCAACUGCCAAAUGCUUCAGUCGGAGCGACGCCAGAACGCCUCAAGCAACAAAGAUUGUUGAAACUUGAAUUUUGAGGAAGAAGUUGCUGCUCGAAUGUAAAGCUGUUUACAGUUUCUACACAGAUCCUUGUUUCUAAACAUUUCAGUACUAAAGAAGUCAGUCAGCCAGAGGCAGCCUGAUGAUGAAUGUAUGUGAUGUUUAUUUAAGGAGCAGCGUGGCUCUGCUGCACAGUACUGUGUGAAGGGAAAACCUAACCCAGGACUGAGUCAUUCUUCUUUACUAAAUGCUGAAAUCAUGAACUUUUUAUUCCAAAUCUAUGAUUGUAUGACAGAAGUUGCAUAUUUAAAAUGAUGAGAAAUGUAAAUAAAAUUUGGGAACUUUGAA